CUCACGUAAUUCGACACUCAUAGACCUCCAUAGAAAAUGGGUUUAUUUCACGGAGACAGUUGGAUGGAGUAAAUCCUCUUCCUCGCUGUUGGCGGCUGUAAAUACCGGCUGUCGGUGGAAUCAGUGGAUGAGAGACGGUUGAGGAAAACGGCUUUAACGACGCGGCUGAACGGCUCUUUUUCUGUAACAAGACGCGUUUCUCAUACAUCUAUAUAUUUUUUCUCGCGACGACAGCCAUUAUUUACGUGGAUAUAAUAUUGUAUUAUAAUUGUGUGAAGAUGGCCAAACGGCUGGGAACCGAGGACGGAAUGUUUAAUCUCACCAACGCUUCUUCAAGAUUUCCGCGUUGAUCAGUAUCUGAACUCCGGGGACGUGAACAUGGAUAUCGCGGAUGGAGCGGAGGACCUUUCCUUGGAGGAAAUGUUAUCGCUGUACAGCCAGCCGAUCAACGAAGAGCAGGCAUGGGCUGUGUGUUACCAAGGUUGCAGAAACACCGGAGGAGAAAUUCCAAGACCUCUGGCUCGUCCGUUGUGGAUUUGGCGAGAAGGGUUGACGGACCUGGCGAUGUACGGAUUCUGAGAGAUGGAACAGUUCAUUUGCGCCACCAAGACAGCACAGAUCUGCUCGAUGGCAGAGAGGAAGGCGAUUGAUAAGAUGAUAGAUUCAGGACCCCAGCUGGCCGGAUCAAUGGAGUACAAUGUGGUGCUGAGUCUGUGCAACAGGGGGUACAUCUAUCUAGACGUGCCCAUCUCUCCUUCAGGUCUGUGCAACAGGGGGUACAUCUAUCUAGACCUGCCCAUCUCUGAUGACAGCUGUAUGUCAGUGCCCCCGCUGGAAGGCUUGGUGAUGAACAGGGUCCAGGGUGACUACUUUGAAACCCUUUUGUACAAAAUCUUUGUGUCCAUCGAUGAGCAGACUAAUGUGUCAGAGAAUGCUGUGUCUAUGUACUGUCGCCUGGGUUUUGACCUGAAGAAAGGAGGCUCGUUCAGCUCAGAGCAGCUCCACCCCACAUGGAAGAGUGCCCCCUCUGUCAACAGACUCAAGAGCACCGUGGACCCCAAACAGAUGCUGCUGUUGUGGGAACAGGGGAGUCCUGUGAUGGAGGCUGGAUCCUCGGCUACGGACACCACCAGCAUGGAGGACCAAGCCAGUGUGAGCAGCCUGAGUAACCCUGGUCCUGCUGCCCCGCCCACUAAGAGGAUCACCUUCCUGUUUGACUCCACCCUCACUGCCUUCCUCAUGAUGGGAAACCUCUCGCCGGUCAGUCACUGUGUUAAAGUCCCAGAGACAGAUGACCAGCCCAGAGACAGAUGACCAGCCCAGAG